AGACACACUCAUAAUUACUAGAGAAAUUUAUAAUUUUGUAAGAGAAUAUUCUAAUUACACUACAUUAUUGUACCAGUUAGAACUGCAUGAAUAUAACUGGAUAUAGAUAAUUUGACACACUGUUUUACACAUUCGGGUUAUAUUUGGUUUUAUUUGUGGGUGGUAAUGCGUAACUUAGACACUUUUCUUCUUUUAACAGCGGGGGCACUUACAAUUUUAUGCUUGGCAGUUGCAUAUUCUGCUUGCAUUGAAGAAAAAAUGGAUAAAGACAGUUUUAUUUUCUUUGUUCUUAACAAAACAUGUACGUUUUUACUCUUCUCAAAGGGCAUUCUUAUUGAAAAAACGAUUUAUCAGAAGUAUUCCAUAUAUUUGACAAUAUACACCAUGAUAGCCUGCAUAUAUCUGAGUCACAUGGAAAAGCUGUCUGUCUCUCCAAUUUCAAUCAUAAUAGCCGUUGAUGGAACAAGCCUUUUGUUUAUACUGCUUGGUAUACAUAACAUCCAUAAAGAAAGACAGCUAAAAAGCGCACUACUAUCGGGCGAGCUAGAGAUUCUACACUACACAUUAGGUAAAACAAAUGAAAUAUUGCUUUUUAUUUCGCAGUUUGCAUGCUUGGUAUAUAUUAUGUCCACAAAUUAUGUUUUGUCUAAAAUAGUAGUUGUUCUUUUCUUGCUACAUACAUUCUAUAAAGAAAACAAAUAUCUGCCGUAUACAACAGGAACAGUUGUUGCGCUAACAUUCAAAGACAUUGUUUUAUGCGCUUCUAUAAGUAAUAUUACUCUUUUUAUUUCCUCUGCUAUUACACUAGGCUUUCUUAUAAUUAACAACUAUCUAGCUUGGAAUAUAAAGAGAGUUUCUGUUAAAAGAACUUCUAUUGAAUAA